AUGGCGACUGUAUACCACCGGCAACGGGCCUACGCCUGGAUGCUGCCGCUUCUGGUAGCAAUCUUGGCUGGCAUCGCUCUGCUGACCGCGUCCGUAAAUGGGUUAAGUUCAACAGGUGAAAGAGAGAGCCGAAAACUUUUCGGUGGAUACCGAAUUACGCCAAAGUUCUGCAAUGCUACGCGGUCGCUACUAAAACGUGAGCCAGGAAGACGUGGUCCAACGAUCUGCAUGUUCAAUCACGAAUGUUUCCAGCGCCAGGGUGAAGUUGUGGGUGCCUGUAUGGAUGGGUUUCUGUUUGGGACCUGCUGUGAGUUACCCCUCACCAAGGAUACCCUUGCCACCGACACACUGAUGGAGCAAAUCAACACCACCGAGCAGACGGCCCAAUCGUCACUUAGUUCGGCUAUUGCAAGUCAGUACGAAAAAUUCGGCAGUCAGAUUUCGAGCGGUGGCUAUGGCGAAGGAGUGGUGCAUAUGGAGCAGAGCGCUUCAAAGCCGGAUUCGCUGGAAACCGACACAAGUGGAGGAUAUACGGCGAGCAGUGAGAAAAUAAAGCCACUGUUCACUAAAAUCCAGAACAACAAUUACAUCGUGAAUGACGACCUGGACGAGGACAUCGUGCUGAACAGCAUCAGCGCCAACAAGUACGAUGUGGCUAGCGAUGCGGUGUCUGUUUAUUCGCCCUCCACCAACAAGAUUAAAACCGAAAGCGAUGAGAUGCCUGCAUCUUCGCUCGGAUAUCCUUCCACAACGGAAUCGGAUGAAACGCACUACGUACAGGUGAACAAGGAUAAUGUCUACAGCGCGGAGAUCCCUUCAUUGCUCAGCGCGUACGGUGAAACCAGCUCGAGCGAAGCGAGCGGCACCGGUGCAUCCGCCAUUUCGACGGAAACGAGCACCGAUAUUACUGCGACCGGUGUCCAGCAAAUUGCCAAUCAAAUCUUCCAGGAAAACAGCCAGUUCUUCGAUCACAGUGACAUUACACAUCCUGCCGCCGAAACGGAUCUCCUGAACGAGCACGGCGCUGUGGACCAGAGCUAUGCAAACCCGAAUGACUUUUCCGGUGUACCACAGGCAUCUCAAGCAGUGCCCCAACCAUCCACACCUACGGUAAAGCCUGUCAAGGUGACCUAUCCUAAACCUCAGUUUAAACCACGUCCAAAACCAACGCAACCGAGUUCCAAUGAAUCUGGAAGCAGUGGCCAGUACGUUCUGGUGCAAACAAUCUCAAAUGACACUAAAAAUGACACCCAGGCAAAGCCGACCGUUUCCAUGAACAACAUACCCUCGAUCGAGUCGAUCAUUCUUAUGCUGAACGAUUCCAAUGUUGGCCCUCAGUACGAAACCGAUGAUGCGAAUGCAACGAAAGCUUCGUUUGAGGCUUCUACCGUCCCGUCCACUUACGGUACGGCUUCGAUCGACUACGACAAGUAUGGACCGACCAGUUUCUACAUCACAAAACCUCAGAAGACUGAGGCACCUACGGUUACUCACACCACAAGCAAUGUUCCAUCGACGAGCUACGUCUACAGUCCGAAGCCUACAAAGCGGCCAACUUUAGCACCGGUUGUAGUACAGGCCACACUGUUGACUAACAGUGCCGUCUCCUACGGAGGAUCUGCUGUUCCGCAAGGUGAACCUCAGCCUUCUUCGACGCAUCGACCACCACCGACAAAGAUCAUAGUAUCUUCGAGUACCUCUAAGCGACCUGUGCUCAUCACAACCGAUACACUUGCUAGCAGUGGCUAUUACACAGGUCCGACGAGACCAGGCUCAACUGUGGCCAUAUCUUCCGUACAACCGACGAAGAAGAUCACAACAAUCGCCACUAAACGUCCAAUUGCCACAACGAUCAAGCUUCCAGAGUACAUCGUACAAUCGUCUACUCUAUCCCACCAGAACCCAUCGACAUUAGCCAACGUCAACUACAUUCAGAUUGCAAGUGCCUCUGAUAAUCCUUCGCCUACGGUACACAUCACGCCGAAGCCUGUAGUUGGCUUGGUUACGUCUUCCACGUGGAACAACAACAAACUGGGCUCGUCGGUAGCACCGAGCAGUUCGCGGCCCGGUUUCUACGAGAACACACCGCCCGUGUAUAUGUCCUCGAUUGCUGAUUUCGAAGACGAAGGGUACUUCGGAUCGACUAACCGUCCGGCCUUAGACAAUACUGUUACCUCUACCGCCAUCUACACACUAGUGGACAACAACAACAACAAGAUCAGUAACUUCGCGUCCUCCACAUACGCUCCGUAUGGACCGACAGCUUCAUAUGGUUCCACUCCAACAUACCCGGUCGCAAACCGUGUCCCACCGAAUCAACCAAGCAUGCAAACGUAUGGACCACCGUCUGUUGUAGAGGCAUCCACACUCAAGAACGAACUCUACACGACACCUGAUGACAUCAACAACUUCCCGCCGGUGCGCAAUCCUAACCUCAACCUAACGGACCCAACCACCAUGUCAAACAUUACGAAGAUCGAAAACGGGCUUUACGGUACGCCGGCCAGCGAAGAGGAUAAGGUAAACAUGCUGGUCAACAAGAUUGUGCAGACAUUCAAUGGAAACUUUGAGGAGUUGGAACAGAUUCUUAAGGAACGUAAAAACCUAACAGUCACCAGUACGGCUGGAUCUCUGGGCGCAACCACUGUGGUGGGUCCUUCAUCGGGUUUGUCCACCAGUGACGGAUCCACUUCUACCUCCAGUACAACUCCAAAGCCGAAAAAGAAGAAGAAGCGUCCCAGUGGCAACCGAAAGCCUUCCAACGGCACUACCUCAAGCUCCGGAACCUCGACGAAGAAACCCACCGCUAAACCUACGACACUUGCUGACAGUGCCGUCAGUAACGGAACCUCCGUCAAACCAUCGUCUCGCCCUUCGAAGAAACCAACCAAGGUACGACGACCAAGUAACUCCACCAAACCAACCACCGGUUCCAAACCUACCACUGCGACCACGCUCACUAAACCGAUCGCCAGCGAUACUCCCUCGAAACCGGCUAAACCAUCCAGCACGAAACCGAAACCUUCCACAUCCGCCAGCAGUGGCAGCACUGCAGCAGGUUCACGCCCAAAGCCUUCCACGUCUCCAAAACCAUCGUCCGCUGCCAACACAACCAAGAAACCGGUUCGCACGUCAACUACCAAGCGACCAACGCGUAAACCCAGCACCCGGCCCACACUGGCCGAUGCCGACCUGACCACAACCCAGCUGACGACGACGCGCAAACCCACCAAAGUCACGAAGCGCCCCACCAAACGCCCAUCCUCGACGACGACCACCACCGCCGCCCCACCGGAAGACGAAACGAUCGACGAGGAGGAAAACGCCGUGGACGGUGAGGACGAGGAGGAGGAAGAGGACGAGGACGUUGGUGAGGAGACAAACGAGACGGUGGACCAGCAGCCGGCAGGAGGAAGAAAGAUUCUUUGUGGCCAGCGGCCGUUGAUGAAGAGUGGACGCGUGGUAGGCGGUAAGGCAUCGAAGUUUGGCGAAUGGCCCUGGCAGGUGCUUGUACGUGAGUCGACCUGGCUCGGACUUUUCACCAAGAACAAGUGCGGUGGUGUGCUGAUCACGAACGAAUACGUCAUCACUGCUGCUCACUGUCAGCCUGGCUUCCUUGCCUCGUUGGUGGCCGUGUUCGGAGAGUUCGAUAUCUCCAGCGACCUAGAAACGAAGCGUUCCGUCACGAAGAACGUAAAACGUGUCAUCGUCCACCGGCAGUACGAUGCAGCCACCUUCGAGAACGAUCUGGCCAUCCUGGAGCUCGAGAAUCCCAUCCAUUACGACGUUCAUAUAGUGCCAAUCUGUAUGCCAGGUGAUGAGGCCGACUUUACUGGGCGCAUGGCAACCGUGACGGGAUGGGGUCGGCUGACCUACGGUGGCGGUGUACCCUCCGUCCUCCAGGAAGUUCAGGUGCCGGUCAUCGAGAACAGCGUCUGCCAGGAGAUGUUCCACAUGGCCGGACACAACAAGAAGAUCCUACCAUCGUUCGUCUGUGCCGGUUACGCAAACGGCAAGCGAGAUUCCUGCGAGGGUGACAGUGGUGGUCCGCUAGUCCUGCAGCGUCCCGAUGGCCGGUACGAGCUGGUCGGUACCGUAUCCCACGGUAUUCGCUGUGCCGCCCCCUAUCUGCCCGGAGUCUACAUGCGGACGACCUUCUACAAACCCUGGCUACGAAGCGUUACUGGUGUGAAGUAA